AGUGCCAAAUUCUCUUCUUCCCUGCCAAGUAUAACCGAAACGCGCGUCGAUGCUGUUCGUGUUUAAAAUCCGAAACGACGUCGCUUAGGGCGACCUUAGUUUCUCACUCCUUCUGCACCUUCUCCCGCACAUUCAACUUGUCUAAACCCUAAAUCACCGUUCAUCAAACCCUAACCACCCGAUUUCAAUUCCGACAAUCCUUCACCGGAAAUCAAUGUCCAAUUGAAGCCCCGAGAAACAGUUAACAGUUAUGGACGUGAAGGCGUUGGCGAAAUCAAAGAGAAGCCACACGCAGCACCACAGCAAAAAGGCUCACCACAGCCACAAGCCCAAAGCCCCAUCAUCGUCUUCGGGCCCAAAUGACGCUGCGAAGGGCCCAUUGGGGAAGCAGCAAGUGAACGAGGAGAAGAAGAAGAAGAAGAGCCACGGGUCUCGGUCUCAGGGUUCUUCUGCGCUUCCCGCGAAUUGGGAUCGCUACGAGGAAGAGGAAGAUGAAUUGGAAUCUGAAAUUGCGAGCAGAACCGUCGAUGUUGUAUUGCCUAAAAGUAAAGGUGCCGAUUAUCGCCACCUUGUUGCGGAGGCUCAGUCCCAUGCGGAGACGAGCCUAGAGGAGUUCCCUGCUUUCGAUGAUCUUGUUCCGGGGGAGUUUGGUGUGGGAUUGAGCUCUAUGCUUGGGGUCAGAGGAGAGGGCAUCGUCUCAUGGGUUGGAGAUGAUAAUUUUGUUGUAGAGGAUAAGACAAGUGGAAAUCAGGAGACGUCAUUUUUGUCCUUGAAUUUGCAUGCUCUAGCUGAAAAUCUUGCCAAAGUUGACUUAUCAAAGAGAUUAUUCAUCGAGUCUGACCUAUUACCCCCUGAGUUGUGUGCGGAAGAGUUGGCAGUGGACAGCAAUGAAGAACACAAGGAGCUGGAAACUAAAGAAGACAGUGAACUAGACAAUAGAAUCUCUAAAGAAUUAAAUUUAGAUGAUCUUGCUGCAGACCAGUUUGCAUCAUCUAGUUCCAGCAGCAGUAGCCAUGCCACUUCUACGUUCCCCUUGUCCAACGACUUUUACAUUCCUGUGAACUCUGUCAAUGCUGAAUUUCAGCAAAUUAGCAGUUCUGGUAAAAAUAAAGCAUUUUUUCUAAGCUCAGAAGCUGAUUUACAUUCUAAUGAAGAUACAAGACAGAAACAGAACUCAACAUUUGAGGCCACUGCUGCUGAAAAAGAACUGGAUAUGCUUCUAGAUUCACUUAGUGAGACUAAGAUUCUAGAUUCUCCUGGCUUUAAGUCCAAUACCGCGAUUCCGGUUUCACUGGGAGUCUCUUCAGUGUAUCCCCCUCAGAAUUCGAAGAAAGAUUCAGUUUCAUCAAAAAUUGCAUCAGUUACUGCUAGUCUAGAUGAUGCACUUGACGACUUGCUAGAGAAAACAUCCACUUUGAUGAAUCCAAAUGUUUUAUCAAGGCCACAUGAAGAAAAGCCUGUCCAUCACAGCAUGCAAUCUUCUUCACAUUCUGGAAGCAAACCCAAAGUGGCAGAUGAUUUUGAUUCAUGGUUUGAUACACUUUGAUUUGACAAGUCUUGUAAUUCUUGCUAAUGUGUAGCAUAAUGGGUUCAUUACUGCUUAUACGAGAGUGACCUUGUAUUUUUCCACCAGAUUCUGGAUGAAAAGUGACCUUUUUCGAGAAGCAGGUCUGAUGCGAUAAAUUGCCCCCGUUUGGUAGAGGUUAAACAAUGAAUACAAUUAAAACAUUAUACCAUUGUGUACAGAAUUAUGCUUACAAAACAAUUCCAACUUAUUCAUUUUUAA